AUGAAGUACGACGUAAUCGUUGUCGGCGCCGGAUCUGCGGGCUGCGCUAUGGCGGCCCGGUUGUCGGAGGACCUGGAGCGGUCGGUGCUGCUGCUGGAGGCAGGGCCCGAUUAUCCCGACAUUGAUACUUAUCCCGAAGACCUGAAGAACGGCUACUACUCCGAGCUUGCUUCGCUGCACGACGCUCCCCACAACUGGUCAUUCGUCGGCAAGCCGACCGACGACCGCCCCAACGAUAUGUACGCCCCCAGGGGCAAGGUCGUUGGCGGCACCAGCGCCAUCAACGGCCAAGUGUUCCUCCGGGGCGUGCCCGAGGACUACGACUCCUGGGCUGCCGAGGGCAACGACGAAUGGGAGUACGUGAAGCUGCUCCCCUUCUGCGUCGGAUGGAGACGGACUUGA